GCUUCUCCAUGAAAUGCCAUGUGCAAACAGUUUACUUUUUAUAUCAUAAUUUGAGGUAGUGUUGACGUGCGGUACAGUGGUGUGUUGUGGUGCUCCCUGAGUCUCCUCACUGCAGCUUCCCCUAGACCAGUGCUUGCUACUUCACAUUUGCUGAAGUAACACUAGUCGUCAUAAUACUCUUCCCAUAAACUCUGUCUUCUGCAUAAUAAUCUACAGUAGACAGUAGAUGCUCAUUUCUCCCCCUUUGUUUUCCUUAACCGGCUAGAAUGUGUUCCCCUGUGAGCUGUCCAUCACCACUCCUAUGCUAAGCCCAUAACAGUGUAGUGCAUGCCUCCUUGCUGGUCCAUAGGUUGCAUGUGAGUUGGAAGCUGGUGGUGGGAACUUAGGUGUCCACCCACUGUCUCCGGCUCCACCCCACACCACUCCGCUCACCAUCGUGGUCAGCCCCCCCGCCCCGUCGCCGCAGGGCCCCACCUUGCUACCACACCAGGGUGGGGUGUCCAUGGGGGCAGAAGAGCGGCCAGAUCUGGUCACCUCGGCCAUCUCCAGUGAGGCCGUCGCCCACACCCUGGUCACACCCCACACCACGGGCGUCCUGGUCACCCCAACCAUGCCGCUGGAGGCUGUGGGCGUCCCCAUCACCUCGGAGGUGUUCCGGGGCUACCAUGCAGUGCCCCAGCAGGCCAUCAACACCACGGCCCUACACCAGCUGUCAGCCUUUCCGCCAGAGAUGCCGGAGGGCACCACAGUGAGCUUCAUUCCUCAGCCCAGCAUGGCUGUUGGCGAGGCUGGACAUAUGGAUCCCCACCAGGUGGCCUUGGGCACGGCAUACAUGACUGCCCAGCUAGGCCAGGUGAGGGGGGAGGUGGAUCAGGUGGUGGGGGAGGGCAGCCAGACCAGCAUGGAGCACAUCCCCCUCACUGGCUCAGCUCCCAUGUGUGUGCCCACGCCCAUGAGCCUGACACAGGGAGCCACCCAGACCAUGACCUCUGACAUGCACCCUGAGAUGAGCAUGUCUGGCACAGCCCUCACACUGCCGCCUGGAGUGAUGCUGGCCAUGCCCGCCAGCUCUGUCCAGCGGAACAAGAUGGACCUCAACGCUCUCAAGGAACAGCUGCAGAAGUUGGUGCCUGGUGCCCACCUCACCCUCACCCAUCAUCCAACAGAGGGCAACGUAAACUCUGGAUCUCCCUCCCUGGACGGGCUGCCUCCAGUGUACCCACAGGCUCCCCUCAGUGCUGCCCAGACUGCCAUGGGUGGUAUCCCCCUCACAGUGGUGGGCUCCAGCGCCAUGACACACCAGGAGGGCCUGGCAGCCACUAGUGAGGCGGGCGUCAUCCUCCCCCAGACAGUACGACUCCCUGGAGGGGAGACAGUGGCAUUUGUGGGGCCUGUCAUGAUGGAACCUGGAUGCCAGCCUCCCCUUGGCUACCCUACCAUGCUGCCGCUGGGCAUGGAGAAAGACAGGGGCACGCCCCUGCAGCCUGGGCCACCCCUGUCCCGUACACCUUCUCUUAAGGAAUCAGAGGAACAAGGUGAGAAGCUCGGCAGACCAGGAUUGCACGCUUCCAAGUCACCAAGGUGGCAGAGGAGGCUGUCAGAAGAGCCUCAGACGCUUCCACCGCCAGCAGUCCAGUCAGCUCCCCUGUGAGGCGGGGCCGCUUUGCCGUCACCAAGGUGGCAGAGUCUGUGGACUCCACCGAGGGUGGCUCAGGAAGCACUGCUCCCACACCGGCUCCCCCGGACACUCCUAACCUUGUCCAGCAGCCUCUUGAAGACUUACA